UGAGCACUAAGCAUACACCAGCUCAACCUUGUCUUUCGUCUUAGGUGAUAUUGCACAGCGAGACAAAAGUACAAGUUAUUUCAUAAAACCUAGGAGCAUCUUACGUCCUGCCUUUUCCCUUUUAUCAUCAUUAUUUACUGCUUCUCAAUCGUUGCUUCUCACAAUGGCCGUCAUCACCGCUCCUCGGCCGCAUCCGCUGGCUCCACUCUCGGCAGCCGAGCAUACCCAGGCCCGCGAUGCUGUUGCGAAGCUUCACGGCCCCUCUGAGACCAUCUUUUUCAGAGCAAUCCACCUGCAGGAGCCCAAAAAGGCUGAGCUGCAGCCGUUCCUCGAGGCCGAGCACACCGGCGCUCUGACAGAAGACACCCCGCGACCUGCCAGAGAAGCCAUUGUCGAGCACGAUGUGAUCCGCGCUGAUCGUGCCGAGUACAUCAACGCCGUGGUGAACUUGGACAACGGAAAGGUGUCGACAGUGUCUGCCCCUGUGCCUCAUCAGCCAUAUUUUACUCCCGAAUCUUACACGAUGCUUAGUGGCGAGUUUGAUCUUUUCAACGAUCAUUGCAUCAACUCGGAUCUGUUCAAGGACGCAAUGUCUGAGUUUACGCUUCCAGAAGGAUUUGAAGUCUGCGUUGAGCCAUGGCCCUAUGGCCCUCCCAACGCCGAUGAGGAAAACAUCCCGCGACUGAUGCAGGGAUUGGUCUAUGCCAAGGACGCUCGCAACGGGAACCCGGAUUCCAACCACUACGGCUAUCCCAUUCCCAUUGUCCCCAUCAUGGACUGGCACACCAAGAAGAUCACCAAGGUUGAGAGAAUUGCAACUGGCGGCAUUGGCGAUGAGCUAGAGGCCAAGGUCCGAAGUGAUAAGCCCGUCAAGCUGUUUGAGAACCACAAGGGCUGCGAGUAUGUUCCCGAACUGCUUGACGUUCCCCUGAGGACGGACCUGAAGCCCAUCAACAUCACCCAGCCAGAGGGAGCCUCCUUCACCGUUCAAGACGAUGGUCUGAUUGAGUGGCAAAAGUGGAGGUUCCGUCUUGGAUUCACCCCCCGCGAGGGAGCCGUCCUGCACGAUGUUCACUACGACAACCGCUCAGUCAUGUACCGCGUCAGCUUCAGCGAGAUGACAGUUCCUUACGCAGACCCUCGACCUCCUUUCCACAGGAAGCAGGCCUUUGAUUUUGGCGAUGGUGGCAUGGGCCGCGCAGCCAACAACCUGGAGCUGGGAUGUGACUGUCUUGGCGCAAUUCAUUAUGUCGACGCUCUUAUGACUGAGCCUGAUGGCUCACCAUCUCCCGGCAAGGCUGUGGUGUGCCUCCACGAGCAGGACAACGGCAUUCUGUGGAAGCACACCAACUUCCGCACCAGCCGAGCUGUUGUGACUCGCAACCGUGAAUUCGUGGUCCAGUUCAUUACCACUCUGGCCAACUACGAGUAUAUUCUGAUGUUCAAGCUGGAUCUUGCCGGUACAAUUACACUCGAGACCCGUGCCACUGGCAUUGUCAGCGUCACAGGCAUCGACGAGGGAAAGACCAGCGCCUAUGGCAACAUCAUGACUCCCGGAGUCAUGGCCCAGAACCACCAGCACGUCUUCGCCGUGCGAAUCGAUCCCGCCAUCGACUCUUACAACCCCGCCGAUUCGCAAGUCAUCAUUGAGGAGUCACACAGCCAAAAGAUUGAUCCCAAGACGAACCCAUACGGCAACUUCUACAAGGUACAGCGCCAAAAGGUCGAGGAAGCUACCUGGGUCGACGCCGAGCCGCGCAUCAACAGACUGCUCAAGUUUGAAAACGCCAACAAGAAGAACCCCAUCUCUGGCAAGAAUCUCGGCUACAAGCUCGUCGCGCCGACGACUGCCAUGCUGCUCGCCGAGCCGGAGGCCCUGGCGGCGCGACGUGCGCUGUUUGCCCAUCACAAUGCCUGGGUGACGGGAUACCGAGAUGGUGAGCUUUGGGCUGCUGGCGAGUUUACAAACCAGAGCACGCACGAGGUUGGUGGCGUGGCUGAUAUGGUUAAGCGAGGAGAUUGGUUCACAGAUCGAGAGUCGAACGGAGCCAACGGCACAAACGGACACGCUGAGGACGAGGGCAAGAGAAGCAGCCCUGUUGUAUGGAGUGUGUUUGGCCUCACACACAACGUCCGAGUAGAGGACUGGCCCGUCAUGCCAGUUGAGAUCUUCCAGCUUCACAUCCGCCCUACCGACUUCUUCACAGCCAACCCCGCGCUGGACGUUCCCGGAACCAGGAACAACGCCAGCGUUCUCCUCGGAGGAUCCUGCUGCACGUCGUCUGGCGACAAGAACAACGCGGCGAUGGCGCAGAACAAUCCGGUGACGCAUCUGCAGGGCAGCGGUGCUGCAGUUCCUGCCAAGGAUGCUGGCGCAAACGUUGACGAGAAGUUGGGCAAGAGGCUGAGCAAGACGUUUAACGGCAUCUUUGGAUCGAAGAAGGAGGUCAAGGAGGUUAACUGAGGGAUUGGAAGAAAAAAUAGCUUCAUUUGAUUUGUAGAUUUUGUGCAUACUUUUUUUCUUUUCCUUGUAUUUUAUGUAUAGC